GGUCAAGACUGCCUAUCCCGUGCCGGUCAGAGCAAGCCUUGUAUAAGAGAGAAGAAAUUAAGAAAAUAAAUAAAUAAAUAUAUACUUUAAUUAAUAAGUACGUGUUUAAGUGACUCUGAAGUGAAGGGGAACGCACUUUUAAGGCUGAAAGGAUGGCUGGGAAGAAAGUGCCAUGGACAGUAAGUGAAGGGGGGCGGCGUGUCCUUCGGGGGGUGGCCGCGUCCCUGGUUGGGGGUACCUUCUUGGCCCACUACCUGCCCCAGACUGUGCUAAUUGACAACGUGAGGCAGGUGACACAGGCGUACAGGAAAGGACAACCCAUUGCAGUACCAGCCAAGGUGACCUCUCUAGUGCAAGAGGUCAUGGAGGAGAUGAACAUUGAGAAAGAGGUCAGGCAAGGGGUCACCAUAUAUACGACCUAUGGGUUUGACCUCUUCCAUGCUGGCUCCCUGCGGUCUACAAACGGGUCACUGCUGGGUCUUCCGGCUAGCAUGAAAUGGGACUCGGACCUGGAGUUUGACGGCACAGGUGUUGUGGUAAACAACACACCAGUCCCUUGGGGCAGUGAAGCAGGACAAGCUUUGAAAAACUCUUUAAUUUUAUCGAAAAAUGCCAAGAAAUUUGCAAUCGCCAGGGAGUUAUCAGGGCUACAAAGGACCCAGGCAGUGACGCAGGCGCUUAUACCCUCCACGGCGCUUAUAGUCUCCUACUCUAUAAGCCUCGGAAUCAAUAAGCGGCUGAAUCUUUACGGCAAGCCAAGAUUCCUCCGUUUAUUCCUGUACUCCCUCGCCGGCCUCUUUGGUUACUGUGUCUACAUUCUUGCUAUGGAUGUUGACAGUGUGGCCAGUGAUGGGGCGGGUGAUGGGGCAGCCGCAGCGAUGGGGAGGGAGUACGUGGAGGGGGGCGUUGAAUUUUACGAGAAGAUUCUACAGCGUAAUGUUGCUCUUCGGGAGUUGAUGGGGCCUGAUGGGGAGAAGAACUACACAGCGAAGGGCAAUGAUGAGGUGCUGCUGCGGACGAGGCACCUUCCCUUCACUGUCAGGCACGAGGGAAUGAAGAAAUGCCUUGAAAAAUACGAAGAGGAAGAGAAGAAGAAGAAGGAAGAGGAGGAGGAGGAAGAGAAGGUGAAGGGAAGAUAAGGAGGAGGAAGAGGAAGAUUUUAAAACCAUAUUUCUUUUUUUUUUAAUGUUUUUUGUAUGUAAUUAUUGUAACAUAUGUAAUUAAUAAUAAAAUUUGUUAUAUAUAGUGUAA